AGCAGAAGAAAGAAGAACGAAAAGAGAAGACGAAGAAGAGAGAGAGAGAGAGACAGCCAGACAGACAGACACACCAAAUGGAGUGGCAGAGCUUGUACAGUGACUGCCCGAGGGUGGUGCUUGGCCUCACCAUCGGCGCAGGGUUCCUCAUCUACUACCUGGUCGAGGCUGUGAAGCGCCCCUUGGUGGCAUCACGUGACAGCGCCUGGAGGGACUUCCUGGAGGAGAACCUGGUCAUCCUGCAGGAGAGGUACUGGCCGACUCCCUGGUGCCUGGAAUCCCGCCUCCAGACAGUCUUGGCGUCAAUCCUGCGUUAUAGACUGCUGCCUCGCGUCACCUACAGAAAAGAGGUGCUCCAGCUAAGAGACGGCGGCCAGGUGUGCCUCGACUGGUUGGACGGCGCCGGGGAGGUCAGUUCCCCCAUCAUCCUUAUCCUGCCGGGGCUGACGGGGUCCUCCCAGAGCGACUACAUCAAGGGCCUCGUCUUGACCGGGAGCAAGACGGGGGCCCGCUGCGUCGUCCUCAACUACAGGGGGACGGCGGGGAUCGAGCUGAAGACGACCAGGACGUACUGUGCGGCCAACAGCGACGACCUGGAGGAGGCUCUGCAGCACCUGAGGACGACCUACCCGAACGUCCCUCUCAUAGCAGCCGGAGUGUCCCUUGGAGCGUCGAUCAUAGGGAACUUCCUCACGACGCGGGGAGAGCAGGCUGGCGAGUAUCUGGUGGCAGCGGUGGUAUUCUCAACGCCCUGGAACAUGCAGUUGGGCGUGAAGAGUAUGGAGAGGCCACUCUGUAACCUGCUAUUAAAUAGGUACCUUGUGGCAUGUCUUUGCGGCUUAGUGAGCAGCAUGAGUUAUCAGUUAGCAGGCGAUCACAAAUGGAAUUAUGAUCAUGUCAUGAAGAGCAAGAGCUUCCGCGAGUUCGAUUCCCGCUUUACCGCCAUGCAGUUCGGUUUUCGUGACGCCGAAGACUACUACAAGACCUCCUCCCUCCACGAGAAGCUCGACGACAUCCGGGUUCCUCUCCUUUGUCUGAACGCAGCUGAUGACCCGUUCCAGCCGAUGGAAGGUGUCCCAGUGGAAGCGGCGAAGAGGUCAAGUCACGUGGCCCUCAUCGUGACGGCGAGAGGCGGCCAUAUUGGUUUCAUGGAGGGAUUCCUACCCACGUGCACCUACUACAGCGACCGGCUCUUCCUCCAGGUGCUGAACAGCAUCUUCACCAAUCUGGACAAGAUGGUGGCUAUUAAAAAGGAGGCUAACGAUUACGCGAGGAGGAAGGCGCUCGAAUCGACAUCCAAAUCUUAGGGGAUACGAGCGCUGUGCAUUUUUUGUUUUUGUUUUUUUGUCUCGAUUUUUUUUUUUUUCCCUUCUUGUCAUGUCUCUCGCUGUCACUUCAUCACCCCGAUAGCAAGAGAGCUUAUUAUGGUAGGGAAGAAUAUACGGGUAGCAAAAGUGUGCAUGUUUUUUUUUUAGAUAUUUCAUUCCUUUUUUUAUUAUUAUAGAGGGUAUUCCUGUUAUCUCCGUUGUGUAAGCCAUCUUGCGAAGGUCGUUGUGUUUACGAAAGUCGACACAGGAGAUAAUGGCGAUAGCGGAGGUGACGAAGGCGAAGAGGGAUCCUAGAACUGAUCUUCAUCUCAACUGGUUUAUUAACUAUAAAAUGAUUCGAUUCAUGAUUCGAUGAAGCAAUAAAUAGCCUCAUGUGCUAAUGAGGGCGUAUGGAGUGAGGGGGAAUUUUUAAAACAAUAUUUGAGUGUUAAAGAAAGGCUGUGGAUGGAAUUAUUAUUAAAUAGCCAAGGGUGAUUUUCUUUUCCAACAGAAAAAAAACAAAAGGAAAGGGUCGCUUUUUAUCACCAACAUUCGCUGUAUUUUGGAAAGAUUGAAAUACAUUUUAAUGAUGUUAUUAGUACAAAACAAAUACAUAAAACUUGCUUACAAAGGGAUAUCUGAUCACGCGAUCAUACUGAAAAUAUUCUAUCCAAGAUAUUUUACCAAAUAAUCUGAACUCCCCUUAAAAAAAACAAAAGACAAAAAAAUGACAAUACAUAUAUGUAUGUAUGUAUUAUAUAUGUAUGUACGUAUAUGCAUAUAUAUUAAUAUGUAAUAUAUAUACAUGAAUCCAAAUAUGUCUGAAUUUCAUUAAUCCAGACAUGGUAACAUUACUUCAUAUAGGAUAACAUGAACCAUUCUUUCUGGUGAACAAAGGAUUAAUUUGCAGCACAAGUUUGCCGUGUUACAAAGCAUUUAUAGUCGAGUGAUCAUUAAUAUAAAUGUUUAUCAGCAUCAUUGUAAUAAACACUGAAAAUAUUGUUAUUGCA